AUGGCUCUCUACAAUGGACGACUCACCCUCCAGGAGCACAUCAGGCGAGGGGGCGGAGCUCUGCACUACUUUCUGGAUCGUUGUGGAAACCGUUACCACGUCGUCCAGACUCACCAUCACCGUGGGACGUCCCAGUCUGAGGUCCAGCAGCUGUUUAUGAAGAUGCAGAGAGUCACAGAGGCCACAGGACGUCCUGCACGGGGAUAUAUGCACCGGGGCGUGGGAAGGAGGCCGGAGAGGAGCAUGCUGGGAAACCAAGAGCACAUAGAGAUGAGACGCAGGCCAAAUCUAACAACUGGUUUUGAUUUGGGGGAUGGAGGUGCAGAUUUAAGACAGUGGAGGUCUGCAGCACCACGGCAGCUGCCCACAGUGUUUUCAUCACGUCAGUCGAUUUCAAAGCCUCCUCUCAGCAUUAUUCUUCUUGGUCGGAGGAAAUCGGGGAAAAGCUCAGUCGGAAACCAGAUUUUGGGUAAAAAAGAAUUCAAAACUGACACCAAAACAUCCCAGAACGCAAUGGGACAGAGGCUAUUGUGCGGGACGUCUGUGACUGUAGUGGACACGCCUGGAUGGAGUCUGUACGGACAAGCCAAGUCUGAAAAAGUCAAGUUGGAAAUCAGCGAAAGCCCCUCGUUACGUUCACUUGGGAGUAAAUGUGUGUUUUUACUCGUUUUACCAGUCGACUCAUUCACAGAAAAGCACAGAGCCAAAGUGGAGAAGUACCUCGGUGUUUUGGGGGAUGAUAUUUGGGGAAAGACGCUGGUUUUGUUUACGUUCGGAGAUGAACUCAAAGGAAAGUCUAUAGAAGAAUAUAUCACCAAACAAGGACAAGCUCUACAGUGGGUGAUGCAGAGGUGUGGACACAGGCAUCAUGUGACUGAAACAAGUGAAAGACACGAGAAUCAACGAGAACAGCUCAUGGAGAAGAUCUGGGGAAUAAAUGAGAAUAAUUAAACACUGUAGACUUACGUACAUAUCUUUAUAUACUUGCUAAUUUGCCAGAAACUGUAUGUUAGAUAAAAAAGCUCGGCCUGUUUUUACUAUUUUUCUCACUUUGGUUUAAUUACAGAUGUUUUAUUGCUCGAAAACACCUUGAAAAGCUAUGAGCGGAGUCGCUGCUCCACAGAUCUUACCAGUAACUUUGCAUGGUG